UUCCUCUAUCUUCCCACAACAUUCCCAACUUUGUAACCUUAUUUUAAGGUAGUGUUGCUUAUCAAUUCCUUCACCAUAUUCAAAACACUGUUUAGCUAAUUUUAAUUCAUUUAACAUAGAGAAAUUUGUAUUCUGUAUGUUGGAUUUUUGUUACUUAGAUGAUGAGUCUGAAAAUGGGUUCAGUUUCUUACAACCAACAAAACAACCAUGGGAUCAUGGUUGAGCAAAAUCAAGAUUCUUUGUGUACUGAUUCGUCUUCAGAAGUUUCUAGUAAUUUCUCGUCGUCUGCAGACGACGAGUUGUUUGGUGAAGAAGAGGGAGAAGAAGGGAACUUUUAUUCUUCAUCUUCUGAUCCAACUUCUCCUAAUUCUUCUGGUAGUUCAAGUCAUGAGCGCACAACGGGAGCUUUGCAAAAUAUGUCCUCUCUUCUUCAAAAACUUCCCUUCAAGAGAGGAUUGUCAAAGCAUUACAAUGGAAAAUCACAAUCAUUCACCUCUUUAUCAAAUGUGAGUAGCUUAGAGGACUUGGCCAAACCUGAAAACCCAUACAACAAGAAACUCAAAUCAUGCAAAAGCUAUGGAGUAUUUUUGGAAGGUUUUAAAUCAGAUCAUCACCAGUCUCCUCCUACAAGAAGAGGCAGCAGUUCUUCAAAACUCAACUCAAAGAAAACAAACAGAGUUGGAUCAUAUUCAUCACUUAGGGGAAGGAGAAAUGGUAGCUUUCUUGGAAAUAAUAAUAGACCUCCUGUUCCUCCACAUAGAUCAACUAGUUUUACUAAUCCAACCCCUUUAUUUGCUUGACGUUUUUUUUUUUUUUUCAAUUUUUCUUAAAAGAGUUCACCAAAUGUAUUUUAAUCUGUGUUCUUGUUUGGUUGAUCGCUUUGAUCUUCAAUGUCUAAACGAAGAGUCUCUUUUGUGUUUUCUGUCCUUCUACAAGCGGAAGACAUGUUCAAGCAAAAUAACCAUCAAAUGCUAAUUGAUGUUGAAAUA